GGGCGGGGGCAUUUGUAGUAAGUAGCAGUGCUACGUACACGCCAUUCUCAGAACAUAGGUUAGAGGACUUGCAAGCACAGGGGACUUACGCUAGGAAUCUGAACCUAAUAAGAAUCUAAUAAGGAUUUAGGAGCAAGGUACUUUGCCCGUGCUGUGUGUGUUGUCAGUUACCUUGACGACAGCUCCUCUGCAGUGAUUUGGUAUCAUUACGUUUACACGCUCAGUGAGAAUUAGGGAACAGGCACUUGCCGAACUUGCGACGCACAAAGGAAAAGGUAAACGAGUAGCCCAGUGAUGAAGAUCGGGUGGGCCAAUAUGGAAUUUCUACGCCUACUGGUUGUUGUUUUAGUAUUUGCCACAGUUCCUGCUUAUGGUGGUGAUAUCACUGAUGUGCCAGCGUGCGGUGCUUAUGACCCAGUGAUACAUCGAGAUUGUGGAAGGAUUGGAACUACACAGGAUGAAUGUGAACACAUGGGGUGCUGUUGGGUACCAUGUCGUGAUUGUGACGGUACCGUGCCAUGGUGUUAUGGUUUAAAACCUGGAGCAGUAACCAAUUCUGCUGUCACUGCCACUGCUGUAGCAGUUCAGACCACAGGACCAAUGCGUUUACCUACAGAAACACCAGAAGUCCCUCCUGUUUCUACGGAAAGCCCAGAACAGACAACAGUGGUUGUGGCAACAACAGAGGUGAAGACCCCCAGUGUUAUGGUAGACACAACGGGCGUCCAGCAACAGACAACAAAGCUAGAGCCAGGAACCACACAGGCUGCGUUAGCCACAACAGAAACAGAAGCGGAAACAGUGGCAUCCACAGUUUCAGAGAUUGUGAUGCAGACAGAAUCACAGACCACAGUGGAAUCAGUUACAUCUUCCGGCCUGGGAAGUACUACAGAAACUGUUCAGGAGACUACAGUGGUAGCUGUAGAAACAACUGUUGCUGCAGAGGAACAGACCACUUUGCAGACAGAAACAACUGAGGCUCCUCUUGUGGUUAUGGUGGAUGGGACAACAGCACCACCUACAGUGGAUUCUACACAGGCGGUAGAUGUAACGAGAAAUGCUGAUGUCACAACAGAGACAGCUGAGAGCACUGGAAAUUUUAUUAACUCAACAGCUUCUGCUCAUACAACAGAAUCUUUGACUACAGAAGGGGCAGCAGUUACAACUGCUGAGCCAGUAACAACUAACAAUAACAUCAGUGUUGUUGCUGUAACAACUGCUGCUUCAGAAACUACCCAGCUUGAGACAACAAACUCUCCUCUUACAACACCACUAACAUUUGAUUCUGUAGAUUCCAAUACCACAGCAACUGUAUCAAUUACAACAACACAAAGUAUACAGGAUAAUGUUACAGUCUCCACAGUUUCAACAAAUGAGGCAACAACCCAGGAGGUUAAAAUGCCCUCUGUUCUACCCACGGAGCAAGCGACUACAGAAAUUACAACAGAAGAAACCACACAGUCUGUGACCACUAUUGCAGGCCCAGUUGACCCAUGUGACCCAAAUGGUCACAAGUUAAUUGUUGAUUUGACGAGGCAUGUGAACAACCAAGAGAGAACCCAAUACCUGUCAGACAAAGGUCAGCUGGAUAGUACGUCAUGGUACAAGUUUGAAAUCCAAGGGAAACCAGCAGAAAUACCAACAGAAUGUAUUAAUAGUGGAUACUGCAGCACACUAUUCCCUCUAAGAGUGAACCUAGCUGGCACUCCACCUCCUGAUGCAGGAGAAGAAAUCAACGCCACCUAUUGUACAAUCAGUGUACUAAAAGAAGCAGGCUAUGUAGACUGCUGUACUGCCAGGAAGAACCUUAAGAUGACGAAAUGUGGCCGUGGUUUGGGCAGCUUCUUCCUGUAUAUGUUUGUUGAAGAGGUGGAUAUGGAAAAUGCUGCAUUUUGUACCAUGAACCCUGGAGAGACGUUAAGUGUGGCCCAGAAGGGCGUGGCUGGCCCCAUCACAACACCUGCCCCUGAGACCACCACAGGUAAGAGGAACAGCAAGAAGCCCGAGGUGCCCAACAAGACCAAGGUGAUAGUUGAAGAGACCACUGAAGCAACCCAGACAACAGAGGCAGUUACCACAUCUUCUGAACAGACAACAUUGGCAGCUACUACUGGAGCCCCUCCAACAGCAGAGGCAAAAGACUUGACUGAAGAGCAGGAAGAUGGAGUGAUUACAACUGUAUUUGCAUAUGAUGGAGAUAAAGAUGAAGACAAAUUACAGGACUUUGCAAAACAAUUUCGCCUGGCCUUGUUGGCCAUUUUGAAUGACUACUUCAAAGAUCAGUCAAGGAGCAGACGCAAGAGAGCAGAUGGUGACAAGUUGGAUUUAGAUGACAUAGUCAUUGUUAAUCCCACGCCCAGGGUGAACAAGAAUGGGGAGUUGGAAGUGGCUGUAUACAUCAGGAAUAGCAAUGGAACAGGAGAGACAAUACUUCCAAGAGGUAAACUUCUGGAUCUAUUAUCACAGCUAGAAAACAAACGGAGAUUAGAAAAGGAAGUUAAUCUGAAUGUGACGGAUGUUUAUGCUGGCCUACCUAACGACCUCUACCCGACUACGGCACCCAAACCAGCGGCUGCCAGUGGCCGUUUGACCCCCCUGGAGGCCCAUAUGGGACUGUUUAUUGCCAUGGCAGUUCUGGCAUGUGUGUGUAUUGUGGUGAUCAUAGUUGGUAUUAUUUGGCUCAAGUGCCGUAGAUGUUGCAGAUGCAGAUGCUGUCAGAAGAGGGACAAGAGCUACCUUAAGGAUGAUGGCGACUUGGAGGCAGGCACUAAGAAACCCCUGCAGGAGGUACAUGAGAACCCCAUACCAGACGAGGAAAUUACCAGGGAUGAAGCCCCUAUGUUAGAAAAGGCGAACCCUGCAGUGACACCCAAUGGAAAUGGCAAUGUUAUUGCAGAUGAUGAUGAGAAGAACAAUGGAUGGGUAGUACCCAUCUCAGAACUGAGCCCAGAAGAACUUGACAACCGGAGGUAGAGGAUACUAAACUGUAGCCAAUGAGGUCUAAAUAUACAUGUACCUUAAACUUUAAAUUAAGAAACAAUUCUGCCAUAAAGUAUAAGCAAGCAGAUAAAUCCAAAAAUAGCUUUAUUUUGUCACCAGAGAAUUGUUCUUGGACAUUUAAGUAACAUUUUCUAGCUGGCAAACAAAAAUAAGGAAGUUUAUAGUGAAACUUCAUAUUCUGCCUUGAAAGAAUUUAGAAGUCAAAUUUAUUUGAAAGAAAACGUUAGGUUAUUGUUAGGAAUUUAAAUCAAUUGCAAUUUAAAAAAGGUCAUUCUGUUGGUGUAAGAUGCACCACUUGUGUUAUGUUGAAUAGUAAUCUGAGAACUAAACUGUUCUCUGUCACAAAAUUCACACAAUAUUAUGAAGUUAUAUAAUUUCAGAAUGAAAAAUUUUUUCUUGUGUGUACUAAAAAUUUUCAUGAAAAACUGACUGUGGCUUAAAUAAUAUUUUUAUUCCUUUUUUGAAUAACAGAAUAUUAUGAUACUUGAAAUGAUAUAAUGUGUGGGUAAUGUUUUUGAAAUUUGUGAGUAUAAAUAUAAUAAUUUAAAACCAAUGCAAUGAAACAGCUUUGUGUUGUGAGGCUACUUGUUGUCUGAUGUCAUUUGUUAGUGUAAAAUGUCUGAAUGCCAACAAUGAGAAGAUUGCAUGAGAACUAAUAAUCAAAAUGAAGUUGUUUUGCUACAUGGAACCAUUUUUUUCUUAAUACUUUUGUAAAAACUAUUAUGUAAGAUACUUCUAUAAUAACUUCAAUAUACCAAUUUGAAAACACCAGUAACAUGUAUUUCUGAUGUUAUCUGAUUGUAAAGUAGUUGUUCAGCAUUGUAAUCAUCCCUCUGUGUAUAACCUCUGACCUUGAACCCUCAGAUAUCUGACCUUGACCUUUGGAUAUCUGACCUUGGUUUCUUAGAUGCUUUGAUAUUUGUGGCCAAAGCCAAAGGUUGAAAUGACAAGGCAAACCAAUUCCUGGUAAGGGUGUUUAAACCACUAACUGUGGUCUAGCCUUGGAUGAAAUGGUUUUAUACGUCUAAGGGCCAGCUGAAUCUGUGAAAUUAAUUUGAGAAAAGUCAGAUGUAGUUAUAUUGGCUUGGCUGUCAGGAACUACAGUGAACAUGUAGUUAUGGAUAUGAUGGAAACAAUAAAAUAAGGUAACAUUCUACAAUCGGUAUUUUUUGCACACACAGAGAAACCAGGAAGCAUUACAAGACCAGGAUAGAUGUUGUAUCCUUGUCUUAGGCCGAAUUAUACCUCAAUUCCAAUGUAUUGUGGAGUUUUAGCUGCGUAAAAAAGAAAAAAAGAUUUUUAGACAACUUAGGUACAUUAUGGGCAACCUGUGUGGCAGAGUUUAUUAGGAACUCUUCCCUGUAACCAGCAGGCAGUAGAGAGUCCUUUUUAAUGCUCUGUGCCUCGGGGUGUAGGCAGGUUACUUUUUAUUAGAGAUUGCCUUUUAUAACUAAUAACAUUAUUUAAAUUAGACAGUCAUUGAUGACUUGGAGAGAUGAUUGCUUCUUAAGAUGAUCAUUUGUUUUGUACAAAAAAUUAAAUAUAGUUGAUUGCGUUUUAUAGGUAUCCAGUCAAAGAAAGGAUUAUAGAUUAAUUUACUAAGUUCACAUUAUUGCUAGACAAGUUAUGCAUGUAAAUAGCAAUAAUGUGUAAAUUUUACAGCUUCUACACAUUAACUAUAGAUAUUCAGAUAGCCAGUCUAGUAUUUAAAAAAGAAUUAAAAAAAAAAGACAUACAUGAAGUAUAAAGGUAUACAGAAAUAAAAAAAACUUAUUUUUGCAUAACCUGUAGCUUACCAUGUAGGUUUUAUUGCUAUCCACACAAUUCCCAGUAUUUUUUUUUUUUGUUAAAAAAAUAUUUUAUCUAAUCAUACUUCCUGCAAUAAGUUUCCCUCAACUUAAAUAAAAUGUAUUCAUUGUUACAUGCUAUACUUCCUGUAUUUUAUGCAUAUUUCUGAUUCUUUUGUUUGAUCAUGGAACUUGUGUAAAUACCUUUAUUUUUUUUUAAUUUGAAGAAUGUUGUCUAUAGUGUCAAGUUGGUGGUAUGAUUACUUGCUUGUAUUAUGUGGAAGGUUAGUACUUUGAAAUAAUUUUUCCUAAAUGAUAGAAAAUGAUGCUUGAAAAAAAUUGUUUUAAUGAAAGUCCAUAUUUGAUGUCAGCUAUAGCAGAAACUAUGUCUUUAAUAUUAAAAAAUCAUCCAUCCCUUUUAUGUGCCAAAGCGAAUUUGUUAUUGAUUCAGAAGUAUUUUGUACCAUCUAGAAGUAAUAUUCUGGGCAGUAUACUGUAAUUAUAAUUGUACCAUAGUCUUAGAAACCUACCUAAUACAGUGCAUCUGUGCCACAAUGUUUUAUUUCUGCAGUGAAUGGCCUGUAUAAAUAAGUCUUUUGCUAGGCGGUAUAUACCAUAUUGUAGCUGUCAACAUAUUGUUAAAGUGAUAAAUAAAGAGUUUUCAAAAAAAAAGUAUUUGAAUUAUUCUUGGAU